AGUCGUCUCUAAUCGAAAUCAAAACUUAACCUCCAACCCUUUGCUUAUAUACCUUCUCUUCCUUUCUCACUGUUCACGAAGAAAUAGUGUCCUUCUCGUUUCCUCGUUCGAGUAUAUAUAGUCUUCAAUCGACGUUCAUAACUCUCUUCAAGGAAACACUGAAACAGAGACAUAAACAAGAAGAAGAACAGGAUCAUAUGGAGCACAAGAACAUCAGCAUCAACAACAACAUGGAAGGACAGGAGGGUUACAACGUAGUUCCUGUUCAUAUGCAAGUCAUGAGGAUCAAGCAAGAGUUCGAGAAAAUCAAGCACCCUUCUCUGUCUAUGGAGCCGCCGGCAGAGAUGAGACGUUUGCUUCUCCGGGAGAUUAACGGGCAGCGGUCUCGUUCGCCCCUCGGAUUGGCAGCGGUUUAAAAGUUUAUGCUUCUCUAGUUCUCUUUGUUUCCUUAUAGCUUCUGUCCGACCAGAGUGUUGGUGCUUGGUUGUUUGGGGUUCUAUUUUGGUUUGUGUACAGUGGGAAACUCAGAGGGACAUAGUGAAAUAAAUCUUAAUACUUUUAUGUACUCAUCUUUUCUGGUUUGGUUUUGCAGUUAGGAUGAUCAUAUAUCAUAUUUGUGUUAUACUUUUACCAUUA